CUCGUCCAAUAGGGCGGAUAAAGGGAGGGCGGCGUUCCCGGCAUGCAGCGUGCGCUAGUGCCCGGCCGGUGGCUAAGAUGGCGACUCCCAUGCACCGCCUUAUCGCUCGGAGACAGGCGUAAGUGUGCGAGGGGCUGCUGCUACUGCGGGCGAGGGUCGGGGGUCGCGCUGCGGGGAAAGAGGCGGGGGGGGGAGGGGAGGCGCCGCCGCUGGAGACCAGCCGCGGGGAGCGGCGUCCUGCCGGGGAGUCGCGUGCAGCCGAAGAAGCUCCCGGGUUGCUGCUACCUGUCAGCCGCGAGGACGAGCGCGAGCUCUGGGAGCGGGGCAGCAGCUCGCGCGGCCUGAAAGCGAAAUAGAAAUGGAAUGAGAGCGCGCGCGGCGGGGGGGGGGGCGCCUGGUUCUUCGCGAGGCGGGACCGUCCCUUGGUGUCCGCGCGGGGAUGUGCCACCCGGGCGCUGCUCCCUCGCACCUGCCUCUGAAUGACCGACUGUGGGAAGCGCCGGGGUUGUGGACGGGCGAUAGAUGGGGGUCUUGAAAGGCUUCAAAUCCCCUUCAGGUUCACGAAGGGAGGCUCUCCGUGGCCUGGUGGGCGCUACUUUCUCCUUUUCUUGUUUAUCUUGCCUGCUAGCAAAAUAUGGUUAGGCAUUCAAAUGAAUCUUAGUGGCGUUGGUCGUCUUUCGUUUGCGAAGUUGUGUUAUCUCGCCCGCUAGCGCUUCUAGCCGUUCAAAAGCUACUGUUGUGUAGAAGGUGGUCUUGUGUUAUGUGACGUACGGUUGUUUCCUCGCCACACACACACACACACACAAACCUCCUUCUCGCACAGAAUGACACACUGCUUUCAUACAGGCUUUGCGGUAAGUUGCCUUCGGUGCAGUGCAGCUGGAAAAGUUGCUGUGUGUAGCUGCUUGGAAGUAAGCGCCGCUAAGUUGAAUGGAGCUGGCUUCUGUGUAAGGGUGAAAAGGACUGUGGUUUUAAAAAGGAUUAUCUAGGCACACGAAGUUGGUAGCUGAUUGCCUCAGAGUGAAUGCUUAGCAAAGGUUGAAGCUAUUUUCUUUGGCUUGGUGCCUCCACUAGGGUUCCACAUGUAGACUGGAUAUGUGGAUAUAAGACUGAAUUGGAAAUAACCAAAGCUUUCCAGUUGACUUCUUGCUGUGACAUUUCUAUUAAUAAAUAUAUAGAAAUGAUUCUCACACUAGAAGUGUGUAAUCCCUGUGAAUGUCAGAACUUUUUGAUGGCUCUAAGCUUAAAGGAAAAUGUGAAAAGGAGACAUGACUUUAUGCUUGUUUUUGAUUACCCAUACAAGCUUUUUAUGUACUCAUAAAUGCUGCUUCACAUUAUUGUACUAACAGAGUAAAGUAGUAAUACUUAUGUGAGUUAGUCAAGGUCAUUUACCGAAAGAAUAUCAGAGGGACAAAGCAAAAUUUAAAAUGCUGCAUGUUCUUUGGUUUCAAAAAUUAAGAUGCCUGCACAAGACAAUUGACCGAUUCAGUUUUCCUAUAUUUUUUCUAGUUUCUCUUGCAGCAUGGAUUGUAGGGUCUGUUGUAAUAUCCUUUCAUUUCUAUCAUGCAGAAGGCUUGUACAGUGUUGAUUCUUAAUCCUCCUUAGGAUUUAUGAUUUACUCAGAAACGGUAUAGGGCCUUUUAUGAGGUCUUGGUGUGCGUAUUAGUAGUGUACCAUGCCUUUAAAAUGUUGUUCCCUUUGCUAAGGGUGAGUAAAACGGCAAGUGGAAUAAAGACACAAGUAUCCAUCUAACCCAUCUCCUAGUUAUUAUUUAUUACUUGGUACAAACCACAUACUCUUAGCUGCUUCAUAUACACUCAUACGGCUUCAAAAAUGCUUGGAGGAAAAUCCAUCAUAGUCAUACUCUUUGAUUUAGUACAACAGGGUGAAGCAAACAACACUUGUAGGUCUAAAGAGGGUUUAUUUUGGAGUGGUUUCACAAUAUUCUCCUUCAGGACACCCACAACCACUACCUAUCAGAAUGAGACACUAAUGCCCACCUCUAGCCAGCUGGUCAACCAUCUCUUAUUGGACAUUAGAAGCCAUGAGUAUCAGGCGUCCAGCAAUGUGUAGUAAGCCACAUCCUUGCAAGUAUGUUGACCUUCAACAACUGGCAUUUGUCUGAUAAACUAUUACCAGUUAUUUCUUCAGACACAUUCACUGAUUGCAGCAAUAGUAGUGGUGUCUAGGUCAAAACAGGUGCAAGCAAUUUUAUUCUUAAAGUGCUUAGCAAAUAAAUCACAGGAGACUACCGAGGCUUUUUAAAAGUAAACUUGUAGGCCUAGCUGAAGAAGACCCCAAACCAGGUGUGAGAAACCUUUGGCCCUCCAGGUGUUGCUGAACUACAACUCCCAUUGGCAUUAGGCAACAUCUGGAGAACCACAUGUUCACCAUACCUGCCCCAAACCAUUCAAAGUGUUACUGGAUGUGGGAUUCAUUGGUUGUGAAGUAUUCAUUCUUCACUCCUAUCACUGGUACAGAGUAGCUCUUAAUAUUAGUUGUUCAUUGGAAUCAGUUGAAUUGACCCAAAAUUCCCAUAACUUGUGUUCAAACCAGUGUUUGGUCUGCUUCAUUUUCCCCAGUUCACUAGUAUAACAGAGAGCUAAAUGUGCCCUGUUUAAUAGGCAUGGGCAUUUGGGAGUGAUGUUUGAAGCCCAAGUCAUUUCUGCAGCAUACAAAGCUGCUAUGACUUUGACAUGAGCAUCAGCCCUUCCUAAUUAGGUCCCAACCUAAUCUGUCAGGAAAUGUGGCUCACUCUGUUUCCAAGAUGGACCAUUCUAAUUUGUUCACUACUCCUGCAAAGGGAAGAGGUCUUCUUGGUGUAUUUGUCCUGUAUGGAGCCUCACUUUUAUCAUGUGGAAGCCACACUCAAAUAAUUAUUUAUUUAAGAAAACUUAUGCACCACUUGAUUGUAGAAAAUAUUUCAAAGUGGUUUACAAAAAACCCCCACACAAUCCCAAUAAAAUUAUUACUUAAAAAAUAUUGUCUGUAAUUUGAAACACACAGAAGGUUAAAGCUGCAGUAAACUAGACUAAACAAAUCAAAACUCCUACAAACUUUCUAAACAUCUGGGUAGGCUUAUCUAAAUAAGAAUGUGUUCAGCAGGCACUGAAAGGAAUACACAGAAAGUGCCUGCCUGAUAUCAGUAAGCAGGGAGUUUCAAACAUGCAGAAAUGUCUGCAGUGCAGCUGUUAACUAUGGGAUACUUUUCUGCUUUUUAAGAUGACUAUUUUCUACAUUCCUGAGCCGUUUUUAAUUUUUACUUCUUGUGUUGGUGCUGCCACACUAAAUGAUCAAGUUCUUGCAGAAGUGGUGUGGGUUAUAUGGCAUUGGUAAAAGUGCCAAUUCUGCUGGUCAAGUGGGCACAUAAGGGAUACAGCAAUCUCCUAGGUUAACUUGGCAGGGGGUUGGACUCGAUGCUUGGCAGGGGGUUGGACUCGAUGGCCCUUGUGGUCUCUUCCAACUCUGUGAUUCUAUGAUUCUAUGAUUCUAUGAUUCUAACUGGUCCCAAGUUGUUAAGGGCUUUAUAUAUUCAUAGUAACACCUUGAACUUGGCCCGGCAGCAGACAGGCCACCAGUGCAGACUCUGAGCACAGGUCUUAAAUGUGGACAAGGUCUCACUCCCCCAGCAAUGCAGUCAUGUUACAGCUUUCUGUGCAUAGAAUUUCAGUGUGGGUAUAGUGAUUGGCCCUUCAAGUUUUUAUGGGGAUAUAUUUGAGAUAUAGUUUAUGGAGUACCUCAUUAUCAAAUUUUGCAUGGUGCCAACUAUUGUCAUUCUGACAUUGAGUGAGCACAAUUGUUUCAUGGUAUUCCUACAUAUAAUGUAAAUUGGUUCUACAUGUAGUUUCAUCUGUUUUGCUGAAUUUAUUGACGUUCUGACCUUUGUUCUCCAUUGAGUUUUAGAAACUUUUUACCAUAAGAUGCUCCAAAAAUUUAAUUGAGGGGUAGUGUAGAAAUAUUCUAAACAUAAAAAAGGUGAUAGUAGCUUUUACUUACUCAUUUAGAAGUAUAAGUAUCUUGACUUUUUCUAAUGGCUCAUAACUGCUUACAACAGAAUUAAUGUUAUGUAAAUCAACUCCAGGAAUGGAGAACAUUAAAAUUUACUUAACAAAAACAAAACUAAAGCCUCAGUUAGCACAUCUCUUCAAUUCACUCAUACUUAUAUCUCUUUUUAAACCUUUAGCGGUUUUUCUUGCAAUAAUAGACCAUCAAAAUUUGUCUAGUUAGAAACAAUUUAUUUAUUUGUUUUUAUUUAUUGUUUAUUUAUUUAUUUUUAUUUAUUAGAUGUGUGACAUCCAUAUGUAGGUUUGCACACAUGACACCCAGGUAAUCUUGCUUAGUUUCAGCAAUAGAAAUGUAGUAGAAUAUCAGAUAUUCACUAGUUCAGUUUUUGUAGAUCUGUGAGGCAUCAAAGGGUGGAGCCUAUUGCUAUAAUAUUGAAAUCAAUUUGAAGUCAGAAAAGAUACUCUCAUGUAAAUAGCUUCUGGACCACAGCCCAGAUUCCUGACUCUGGUUUUAGUUUUAAAAAGCCAAAAAGAUACUCUGUGCCUUCUAGGAACAAUCUCUGGCCGGGUAGAAUGUAUUUGUUUUUCAGAUGAAAUCUCAAUUUUUAUCUUCAGAAAUGCUUUCAAUUUGCUGCUCAUGAUGAAGAGCUUAUAUUUUUAAUGCAUUUGCUUUAAUUUAUACAGUUGCUGCUUUGCAGCUGUAAUCAUUAUCACCGAAUAAUAGUCUGUGAAUAAAUGUACUAGUAUUUACCGUAGCUGUUAUUCCAGUUUGGAUAUUAUCACCAGUCUCGUGAAUUGCAUGUGAUAGGCAGGGGUGUGUGUAGUGGUGGUGAAGGAGAAAAUCAAUAACUGCUAGCUCCACAGCUAGUGAGGUGAAAAUAGCUCUUGGCUACAUUUUCCUUACUUUUGUCUGGUGUUUUUUUAUCAUAGUAACAGAUCCUUAAGCUUUCUUGCACUUAUUUGCAUUCUAACAGGACAGUUUGAAACCAUAUUUACCACUUUCCCAUAUGGGAAUUAAAUUUGUCAAAAGUUUGUGCCUUAAUUCUGAAACAACAACAACAAAAGCACUUGCUUUAGUUCUAGAAGAUUAAUCCUCAGCCCAGCUAAACAAGAGUACUGUACUUAAAUGUAAGAUUCUAUUUGUCCCAAGGAAGGAAAAGUUAGUAAUGCAGCAACCAUUGGAGGCAAUGGUAAAACCGCAAUCAUUUUUAAAAUGUUUUUAAUGGAGUUAGAUUGCAUUGGAGGAUUGAUGUAAUCCAUGUACUCUGGUUCAACUGGCUUGUGGAUCAGUCACCUAAAUUCCAGUUAGGUCAUUGGUGUGAGUAGCAAAGCAUACAUUAAGUGAAGCUAUAAUUUUAGCUUAAGCAUAUUUCCUUUACCAACUUUUAUUUGUAGUGUAGUAUCCAAGAGUGUUCUCUCUCCCUGCCUUUGGAGCUCCUGCCUCCAAAACCAGAGAUGUUGUCACUACCUCUCCAUUUCCUCUGACCUUGUGACAAGGACAAUUCUCAAGACAGUAGGUGAUUACCAUAUUUUUCGCCCUAUAGGGCGCACCGGCCCAUAGGGCGCACCUAGGGUUUUUUUGGGGGGGGGAAUAAAGGGGAAAAAAUUAUUUCCCCCCCAGGCGCGGGGCUGGGGCGGGGGAAGCCCGAGCUUCCCCCGACCCCAGCCCCCAGAACAGGCUGCUAUCCGCAAGCCUUGGGAGCCCAGCGGGAACUCACGCGGGCUCCCCAGGCUUGUGGAUAUCUGCCCGAAGCCCGGGGUGCACUACUCAGUGCGCCCCAGGCUUCGGGGUGCAGGCUGCUAUCCACAAGCCUAGGGAGCCUGGUGGGAACUCCCGCGGGCUCCCAAGGCUUGUGGAUAGUGCGCACCGACCCCUCUCACUCUCCAGGCUUCAGCAAAAGCCUGCAUUCGCCCCAUAGGAUGCACACACAUUUCCCCUUCAUUUUUGGAGGGGAAAAAGUGCGUCCUAUAGGGCGAAAAAUACGGUACUAUUGUGGAUAUGAGGGAGCAUCCAGUCUGUGCCUCUUUCUCUCCUGGGAAGCAGGGUAUCUUAAGAAUGUAAGACAAGCCUACUAGAUCAGGCCAGUGGCCCAUCUAGUCCAAGUCUGUUCUCGCAGUGGCUGACCAGAUUCCUGUAGGAAGUCUGCAAACUGGACAUCAGCACAACAGCACUUUGCCCACCUGUGAUUCCCAGCACCUAGUAUUCAGGGGCAUACUACCUUUGACACUUCCCUCCAGUUCUCCCUAGACACAACUGAGUAGCAUGGGUUGAAGAUGUAGGCAAUGUCUCCUGAGCAGUCAGAAGCACACCCCAAAUCCCAGUAACCAUAAUAGGAAACGACUAUAACUUUAUGCACCUUGUCUAUCUUGGUUUGUCUUAUGAUAACCGUGCAAACAUGGCCAGUCUCCAACUUAUAUAUCCAACAUGAUCCAGUGAGACCUGUAAUGCAGAUAAAGCUAUGAAUCCACAUCAGUACUGAACCUGUAUUUCAUACCAUCCCCCAAAUCAAUUGUCAGGCAGAGGGUAAGGAGGAGUUUAAUAUGGUCUAAUACAUUGAAUAGGAAAAUUAAAAUUAGGAUCUAGCAACGAUCUGUCAUUUGAUCUUGUAUAAAUACACUUGGCCUUUGCUGUCCAGUUUGCUCUUGGGUGUAUUAACUUAUUUUCGAGAAUGUACUUCAGAAUCUUAUACCACCUUGAUGUUCUGGCAGGCAGCUCAAGGAAACUGAAAGAGGGUUUGACAGCUGUUCCUUGAUUUUUCAUUUUUCUUGUGUUGUAAAACUAUGUAAUCAUUUUUUCUAUUAAAUAAUUGUAUGGACUGAAAUACAUUUCUAUCUAGAUUCAGUUUUCACCUAUCUUUGCUAUGACAAUGGAAAGAACAUUCAAAUGUUAUUUUGGAACAUGCUGUAGUUCUAGCUGUUCCUUUUUCUUGUUACAGCUGCUCCUGCUGGUAACACAUCUGUGUCUCAUGCUGGGUUGGGGGAAGAGAUGAAAGGAUUUCUGCAGCAGGUGUGGAAUGACUUCAUUGGACAUUCAGCCUCCUUUGCACUUUCCCCCUUUUACUGCCUUUUUGGAGUAAACAGGGAUGGCACACUCAUGAAUAUUUAAGGACAGAGAUCAUAAGCUGGGAAGUGUUAAAAUUACCCUCAUCAGUAGAUUGGUUCAAUACAGUAGCUAGCUCCUUGUGACACCUUGCCACCUUAUUGUCUGGAAAUGGAACUUUCUGAUUCCUUUAAACUCUAUAUUUUCCCCUUUCCCCUGGGGUGGAAGUAAGAGCUGCCCAUAGGAAACAGUGGGAUUUCAGUGUUGCUUGCAUUUAGAUGGCAUUGUGCCCACCCAGGAACUGAAGCAGAGAGAUUAGUGCAUGCUCAUUCUAAAUUGGAUCUAAUUACAUUUGUGACUUUUAAAAAUCAAAGCACACAUCAGAGCAAAUCAAAGGAGCACAAGGCUUCUUCAUGUAAUUGAGUACAGGAUUUGGGCUGGUAAGGGAACUAAGGGAACAAGUGAACGAGAAUGACCUUAGCUGUGAUGUGAGGGAUAUCUUAGAUAGGAGAUAUUUUUGCUGGAAGUUGAACCCAGCCUCUAACUUGUAAUGUUAUCAGUGGAUUAUACUACGCAGUUGUCAUAAGCUUCUUGUUCAGCCACAGUCUGUUCUCAUCGAAUUACAAAUAUAAUCCCCUACUAGGGGCCCAAAGUUGGUAGUUUUUAUGUUGGAAUUGCCAUCUGUUUUCUAGAAUGUUGAUCUUAGCUGUGGUUAAUAGUCAGCUUUUAAAUCAAAGACAUAUGGUUUCAAAUAUUCUUGGAUAUUUCCAUAGGGAAGCAAACAAGCAGCAUGUGAGAUGUCAGAAGUGUUUGGAAUUUGGGCACUGGACCUAUGAAUGUACAGGGAAAAGAAAAUAUCUGCAUAGACCAUCAAGGACAACAGAGUUUAAAAAAGCACUUCAGGAAAAAGAGAAGCAACUAUUACAACAGAGGUAAGAUCACAGGGGAAGGAGACUGUACACCAUUUGUAGAAAAGUGCAUGUGAUCAAGCUGUAGUUUGAGAGCCCUUAAAUCGUACAAUUGUAGAGUUGGAAGGUGCCUGAGGGUCAUCUAGUCCAACCCCCUGCAAUGCAGGAAUCUCAGCUAAAGCAUCCAUGGCAGAGGGGCAUCCAACCUCUGCUCAAAAACCUCCCAGGAAGGAGAGUCCACCACCUCUCAUGUGAGUCUAUUUCACUGAAAGUUCUUUGUGAUGUUUAGUCAGAAUGUCAUUUCUCGUAACUUGAAUCCAUUGGUUGAUUUCAGUGGGAAAGAUAAGCAUGUUCUGGGAACAAGGGCUACUGCACAUGUGAUGCAACUGUGGUGUUAUCUUGCAACUUGACAUGGGAUGACUUGUUCUCUUAUUUUUACCCCCUGGCUUAAACAUUGUAGUGUUCUUCUUUCUGGUUUGCCUCUCCUACAGUUUCAUCUUUCCUCUAGUCUUAACUCUGCUGCUAGUUUAGAAUUUGCCCCUUUCUGCAUCUCACGUUGACCAAGCUUCUCUUUUCAUAACAUGCCCUUUCAUUUUUUUUAUUACUCCCUGACCCCAACCUAAUAAUAUUUAUGCCCUCCCUCCUGUCUUUCCUUUUUGCUUGCUUCUUUUUAUAGUGGUACCUCGGUUCUCGAAUGUCUCCAUCGACAAACGUUUCGGAACCCGAACGUCGAAAACCCGGAAGCAAAUGCUUCCAUUUUUGGAUGCGCCUUGGAAGUGGGACAGCUUCCGCUGCAUGUUUUUCCAUUUUCUCAAUUGAAUUUGCAGGGAGCUCUUUGCGCCUCAGUUUUCAAACAUUUCGGAACUCGGAACGGUCUUCCGGAAUGGAUUGCAUUUAGGGACCGAGGUACCACUGUCCUUGGUUUCUUGUUGCCUUUGUUAUGUUGAUACUUUCUUAUUAGCUAAACCUUGCCAUACUACUUUGGUUGGAUGUUUCCACCUUGUCUUGUUGCCCCUUUUCCCUGGACUGUCUUGCCUCAGAAUCUCUGCACCUCUCACUUCUGUCUGCUCUUUAAGCAUUUGAAAACAUGCUUUUUGCCCUGGUUUUUUUUUUACCCCUCUAAAAUUCCUCCUUUCCUUUUUAGUAUAUUCUUUCACUCUUAUGCCUUAAGGAGGGUUGUUCACUACAGUUGUCAUAUAGCAAUUAAAUGCGAGAAAGCUUUGAAUGCAGGGGUUGCAAAUGUGGUGCUCACCUCCACGAAAUCUGCUCUAGAGGGUCCCCCAGCUUUCCAGAGCAGAUUUUUUUCUGGAGGGCAUGGGAUUGCAGGGGAAACAGAAGACUGGAAAGUCCACUUGAGUGAUGUUGCAUCUUAACCCAUUGAGAACAAUGCUUAGUGAAUAUUUAUGUAGCCCACUCCUAUGCAGUUUAAAAUCAAUGGAUUUGUGUAUUAUAAAUUACUACUAUUGCAGAUUUAGACAUUUAUUUAACAAAGCAUAGUUGGCUGUGUGAUAAAGCUAACAUUGUUGCUAUUGUCUGCCAGCCAAGGGGCUUAAAAAAUAACCAAUAGGUUCUUUUUGUUUUUUGUUUUGCAAGCACACACUCAACUCUCAACCUAACAUUUCCUCAUAUCAUUAUGUUUAGUGCAUAUUUUCCCACUCUCCCAGCAAAUUUUAGAGUAUUUCAGUACUCCUUAAAACAGCCUUGUAGAGCAAGUCAUUAUCUCCACACUAAAGAAAAUUUGCUGAGUUUGAGGCAAUAGUAGCUUUCCGAGGCCAACAGGUGAGUUUGCAGCUGAAGUGAUACUUGAGCCAAGGGGUAUCCAGCUUACAUUCUUAGCCAUUUCACCGCAUCAUGUGUAAACUAAGAAAUAGGAGCUAUAGUAUCAUAAUAGGAAUAAAGGGAUGCAGUGAGACAUGUAUUAAACUACAAUGGGGGUGAUGAAGAUGAUGCUGGUUUCCUGUUUAUAGUAAAGAUACAGCCUCACCAUUUUCUGUUGAAGAUAUAAAUGUUAGCCAAGAGCAACAAAGCAGCCAUCCAUAUUAUAUUCACCCAGAAUUUCUAGUGCUGCUAUUUACUUAAACAGCUGGCAUCUAAGCUGCAUGAUGUUUUGACAGCACUGGCAUUUUAAUAUACUAGCUAUUCCUGCAGUAUUGCUGAACUCUGAAUAAUUUCCUAAACAUUCAUGCCUGAAAAUUAUUAUUAUUGUGUAAUUCUGAUAAAUGACUAAACCAACUGUUUUUCCAUGCUUAUAUUUUCAAAGCAAUUUAACUGUGUAAAAACCAAGACUGCAAAUUUGCCCUCCUUUUAAGCAACAUCAAAUAAAAUAAUAAUGGAUGUAUAGAAUAAACUGCAGACUCUUGAGACUGAGAUACAUGUAUAAGUCAGUUCGCUACAGCUAGCUGAUACAGUUUCAAAACAAUUGCCCACGCUUUCUCUUUAUCUAUGCAUCCGUCGUCUGGUAUUACAAAUUCACCAUAAAAGCUCGGGCAAAUUACACUACAUAUAAUAUACCCAUUUACAUCCCUGUUCUUUUUUAGCAAAUUUGACGAGUCUUGUGAAAUCAAGCUGUGUGAUAUGUUGAAAGGCAACUAUAUCUAAAGAAGAAAAAUUCAGUAAUGCUGUUACCAUGCUACCGGGUUUCUUAUUUCCUUUAAGUGGGACAACUUGAGAGAGAGGCCAGCACAUGGUUUUUCUCAGUUUUGCUUCUUAUUUAUUUAUUUCAUAAAAAUUUUGCACCGCUUGAUUGUAAGAAACCUCAAAGCAGCUUGCUAAUAGAUAAAGCAAGAAAAUCAGGAAUGAGUCACAACCCUGCUUUAAAACAUACUAAAGUAAAAAUACUAAAACAGAUUAAAAUUACCUAAACUUUUAAAGCAUCUGGGUAGGCUUACCUAAACAAGAAUGUUUUUAGCAGGCACUGAAAAGAGAACAAUGAAGGCGCCUGCUUGAUCUCAAUAGGCAGCGAGUUCCAAAGGGCAGUUGGGGCCACACUAAACGAUCAAGUGCUUACCAAUGCCGAAUGUGUAUUAUGUGGCACCUGUAACUCCAGUUCUGCCAACCGAAGGGCACAGGUGGGGUAAGGUGGUCUUGUAGGUAAACUGGUCCCAAGUUGUGACAGCUUAAACUUUGCCUGGUAGCAAAUCAGUAACCAGUGCAUAUCUCUGAGCACAGUUGUUAUAUGUGGACAAGGCCCUCGCUUCAAUCAGGAAUUAUGCUACCCCAUUUUUACUAACUGCAGCUUCUGGAUCAAGCACAAGGGAAGUACAUUAGUUUGGGUACUAAUGCUUGUAUGCAGUUCUGUCCAUGUGUGAGCGGAAUGGACUUCCAUCCUUGCGAAAUAAAACUUUGCCUUGCAACACCCCCUGCACCCACAAAUCUGCUCUAGAAAGUGGAGGUGGGGCUGUGCAAGAGAUAGGGGAGGUAUGGGUGCAAUGGGCAGAUGGGGAAGGGAAGUCCUUUUUAUCUGCUUGCACAAUGUUGGAAUUCACUAAUAAUGUCUUCCCUGGGCAGUUUGCAUAAACACCUCUGCCACUAGCAUUCAAUAAAGUAAUUUAUUAAUACGUGUAUCAUUGCCACUUACCCCUUUUGCUCAUCUUAUUUUGUAUAGGAAGCUUGAUUCUCCACCCCCUGCCCACUGUUAAGUUUAAGUUUUAACUGUGCACUAUAUAAUAAUAAUUUUACAUAUAUAAUUAUUUUAAAUCCAGCAUAUUAAUUAAAACAAUUCUUUCUCUUCUCCUGUCCUUACUUUCAACCAGCUCUGGAGAAUGCACUACAGACAGGAAGAGCAAGAAGAAGAGGUAUGUGAGAAAACCUGAAACUCAACCAAUUGCCCCUGUCUAAUUCCUAUAUUCUGUGAUAAAUGAUGUAGUUUGGCUAAUGAACUAGACAUGCAUGUUGUCGGCUGCAGUGCUAAUUAUGGACAUGGAGAAGUAAGUGUCUGUGGGACCUACUUUCCAAUUUGGGAUUUACUUAAUUCUAUUAGCCUUUUAAUAUUAUGCAUAGUGUGUUCUAUUCCAGUUUAUUUAUUUUUUGUUCCAUUUGCUCUACCUCUUCCUGUCUUUAGUGAUAAGCCCAGGUAUAUCACUUGACAGAUAACAUGAGAUAGUUUUAUUAGAAGUUGCUGUCAAAACCAAGCGAUAGAAGGAAAAAAUGUUUCCCUACAGAGUUUCAACUGCAAAAAUGUGCUUCCUAGCCUGCAGUAGUUUCUCAUACUAAGAUAUAUCCAAUAUUUUAAUUUCCAAGUCUCUCUGAAAACCAUAGGCCUCUUGAACUUGGAAGUGGCCCUCUGCUAUAUACUGUAUCUGCUGAUUAUUGGAUUCUCUAGAAACAAACAGAUAAACACUGACAAAAUAAACUUCAAUGUACUUUGGAAAACUGGGAUCUUCCCAUUUAUAAUAACUGCUCUUGGCUGUUUCACACAGCUUUUCUUUUGUGCUGAAGGAAAUACAGAAUUCAACUAAUGAUAAACUACUUUUUUUAAUGCUGCCAGUUUUUACAAAAUAGUGUAAUUUUAAGAACUUUGUGGAGGCUUCAAAAUAACGCCCCCUGCUCACAACUUAGAGGCUGCAGACCUCUUUUGCUUCUGGGUGGAAUUAACCAGUUUCCCAUUCUGGCAGAUGCAGAAACUGGAAGCAAAAUCUUCCACUCUUAUUCCCUGGGUGCUUGAAAUAUAGGAGUAGCAUAUGGGCCCAAGCCUUAUUGCAGCUCAUCCAUAUAGCAGGAAACCAUAGCCUUGCUAUUCCCUCAAGUGGGAUGGGGUAUUUGAGCCUAGAACCCAGUCAGGGAGAUCAUUGAUUAUAUGAACCUUUUUGUCAAAAUAAUGUUUUGUUGAUAGUGGCACAGCUACAGAAUUCAAAACUAGGAAUGGUUUUGAUCAGUGCUUUGUUUCUGUGGGGACACAGGGGUAUGCAUACCCCUAAACAUUUUGUGAAUCUUUGUACUUUUGUCCAUUUACUGUAUUUAUUUUUCCAGAUUUGAACUAUAAAAUGGUGAUUUUCUUGAGUCAAAAUGAGAGUACCCCUAAACAUUUUUUUAGGAAAAAAAAGCACUGGUUUUGAUAAUUGUUGGGGACUAAUGCUCACCUAAUGCUUAAUUUUAAUAUUCAUGGUACCUUUUAUACCAAUGUGAAACUCCCAUAUUCCCUUUCUUUUGUUUUCAGCUACUUUAAAUAGCAACCAAACAUCUAUAAAUAGAGAACCAAACUCUCCCCCCCAUCCUUGCUAUACAAAAUAAGGAAAAAAAAUUGUAUUUCAUCCUAAGAACAUUUUGGGAAACAGAUGAAUGCUGUUCUAUGAUUGAGAUUGCUUUACAAGGCUUUGCUAGUCACAGAAUCGCACAGUGCCGUUGAAUAAUAUCUGCUGGUCAUCUUAAAACUCUUGCGCAGGUCUAAAAGUGUCACAAGUUCCAGCAGUAGCAGCAGCGCCAGCUCAGCCAGUGAGUCAUCAUCUGAGAGCGAAGAUUCCUCAUCCUCCUCUUCGGAUGACAGUGACAGUGAUGAAAGCACUUCCUCUUCCUCAUCAUCCCCCUCUUCAAGUAGUUCUUCCAGUUCUUCUGACUUUGAGACAGAUUCUAGUUCCUCCAGCAGUAGCAGCAGCAGCAGCACAGACAGCAGCACGGAUGAUGAGCCGCCAAAGAAAAAGAAGAAGAAAAGUAAUCUGGUGCAGUGUUAGGACUCUGGUGUUGAUGAACGAUUAGCAUCUAAAAUGCUUAAUGGCCAAACGAAACUAACAGGUCAAUUUUUACAAUUGAUUUCUUUUUUUUUUUUUUGGUGUGUUUUACAUAGUAGUUGAUAGGACAUAAACCGUUAAAUGGGAAGUAACUCUUAUUGAAAGAGUAUUUUUGUGGAUUAUUGUUUAAUAGGAAAUGCUACUUUUUUUUCUUAGUUUUUAAAGAAAUCUAUCAAAUGUUUAUAUGAACUAAGGUCCAGUCACCCUGAUGUUUACAUGCCAGCAAGCAAAACACAUUUAUUUGAACCAUCCUGUUACGUUAUAAGCAACCAACGUCCAUACCAAUGUACUUCAUGUGAAAAGCAAGAUAGGAAGAUAAAGGGUGCAAAGUUUUAUUUCAGUUGGCUGAUAUGUCAAAGCCAUAUUCAAUCUCCACUAACAGUUAAAAGGGGGUGGGGUGGGUGAUACUGCCUUCAGCACAAGUGAAACAAAUCUCCCUUUUCUGCCAGUAGCUGCUCAAAUAUUUGUUGCAAUAACGUAUUGCUGAAUUUUGGAGAUCAGGACCAUACAUUCAUGCCAGUCCAGUGGGGUUGCUUCAGCCUGUUGAAAGAGGCUUCUGUGCAUAGACUGCCCUUCUGAACGUGGUCCUGCAUAUACAAAAUGAUAUGCAGUGACCCUAACAUGGUAGUGGGCAGCACACAUGGUACUACACUUAAGGAUCUCCCCCCCUCCCCAAGGGGUUGGUUCAUAUUCUCAGUAUAGAAAAGUCGCAGUCACUCCAUCUGGGUUAGAGGGUAAAUGAUUUCCAGAAACCUCUCUGUCCCCCACCCCCAAGUAAACAGCACUGUCAAAUGUUAACAAUGCCUACCAUCUGUUUAUCAGUGGAGAUCCUUCCAUGCAACUACAUACAUGCCUCUCUCCAGCAUGUACCACAAUUCCUGGACCAGGGUCAAAUGCUUUAAUUUUUUUAACAAGACCCGUUCAGAGCUUAAAGGCCAUCCCUUAAGCUGCAUUUGCACUGCGCAUGGAGAGUAGUGUUAACUGUUGCAACUGAAGUGUUUCAUCUUUGUGCCUUUUCAUAAAAUUAAAUGUUCCCCAGUAAGGGUGUUAAAAUGAGGAGAGUUUUAAGUAUUCGUUUUAUCUUCCAUAAUCUAAUUUGGGAGGCUAGAGAAAUUGUAAUAACAUACAAAUGUUGUAUUUUCAAUGAGGAAAAAAGAAAAAACACAUUUAUUUUCAUUGGAGCCCGAUUUUAAAAAAAGAAAGUAUCUUUAAAUAUUUCCCCUUGUGCUAUUUUUGCAUAGUAAUUCUUAACUGUAAGAUAAAUUUGAUUUAUUUUGGUCAUAUAGCAACUUUCAUUGUAUUCUAAUUUACAAUCACUUAUUUAGAAUUAUUUCUUUUUUGCAUAGCACAAGUUAUAUAUAAUUGUAUGAACUUUGAAAUGGAGGGUACAUAAUAGCAAAAAUCAUAUUGCAGUACAUUUCUUGCUAGUUACAGAAGUGAACUAACUUGCUAUUGUGAUAAAUUUUAGCAAUUGGCAGUAGUCACUUAAUUUGUGAUACAGUCUCCUUUUAGUUUCUUAUUGAUGGGAGUCUUUUUAAGAGGGAACAUGUGGGGGAAGAUCUUAAAUAUCCUAGUCUAGUUAAAAUAUGAAUUAACUAUUGAACUAUUUUUUAUAUUUUUAUGAAAAUGUAGUGUGUAGAAUGCCUUUUGAAUACAAAUGUUCUAUUUAAAUGUUUAUGUAAGUUGUGCAUUUUAGUCUGUAACCAUUUCUAUGUUUUGCAGAACUCAGAUACUGUAAUUCUAAAAGUACAAGAAAACUAUUUGAAAGUCAUGCUAAAGAAUGUAUCAUUUAAGAGGAAAGAUUAAUAAAUUAUUAAAUGC